CUGUAGGGAUUGAGGUGACUAGAGACUGGCGAGGAGAGGCUGAUGGGCUCAGGUGGGAGAACGCAGUACCUCACCAUGACCACCGAAAAUCCGGCGGCGGGAGAGCUGGCUCCGGCCCCCCUUGUCACUUGCAAGCUGUGCCUCUGUGAACAGUCCUUGGACAAGAUGACCACACUCCGGGAAUGCCGCUGCCUCUUCUGCACAGCGUGCUUGAAACAGUACCUGCAGCUGGCAAUCCGAGAAGGCUGUGGGUCUCCCAUUGCUUGCCCUGACACAGUGUGCCUGAACCACGGGACCCUGCAGGAGGCGGAGAUUGCCUCCCUGGUGCCCGUGGAUCAGUUUCAGCUCUACCAGCGGUUAAAAUUUGAACGAGAAGUUCACCUGGACCCCCACCGAACGUGGUGUCCUGUCGCAGACUGUCAGACCGUGUGCCCUGUUGCCUCCGGUGACCCAGGACAGCCCGUGCAGGUGGAGUGCCCUUCUUGCCACCUGAAGUUCUGCUCCUGUUGCAAGGAUGCUUGGCACGCAGAGGUCUCCUGUAGAGAUAGUCAGCCCAUCGUCCUGCCAACAGAGCACAGGGCCCUCUUUGGGACAGACACAGAAGCCCCCAUCAAGCAGUGCCCCGUCUGUCGGGUUUACAUCGAACGAAACGAGGGCUGUGCCCAGAUGAUGUGCAAGAAUUGCAAACACACGUUUUGCUGGUACUGUCUCCAGAACCUGGACAAUGACAUUUUCCUCAGACAUUACGACAAAGGGCCAUGCAGGAACAAGCUGGGCCACUCAAGAGCCUCAGUGAUGUGGAACCGAACGCAGGUGGUGGGGAUCCUGGUGGGACUGGGCAUCAUUGCCCUGGUGACUUCACCCUUGCUGCUCCUGGCUUCCCCGUGUAUAAUCUGCUGUGUCUGCAAGUCCUGUCGGGGCAAGAAGAAAAAGCACGACCCCUCCACGACCUAAAGGUCUCCGCUCCUGUGCACGUGCCACAGACGUCUGGGGUUAUAAUGAGAAGCACGGAGAUAAAGCCCCACUUAGUGAACCUGCCCCCUCCUUGCCAAACUUUGGAAGUGCCUCUGUGUCCAGACUUUGAACUUGGCCUGCCUGCCUUUGGCAUCAGAAAAGGCAUCAGAAAAGCCUGUCUGAAGAGAAGGACCCGGAUUCUGCAGUCUCGACCGGCGUCUCUGGAGCAUGUCGGGAAGCUUUGGGGGUGCUGAGAAGGAGCUAACCCACCGUCACUUUAUCUUCCGCAGGAUCCCACUGGACUGUUCAACUUCCAGCCAAAUUCGAAGAGCCCGAGUGAAUACUCAGUAUCAUCAGUGUGUUGUCACGGUUGGCAACACACAUCGUAACUCAUCAGCUAGAAUCUGUUCUAUGUUGAUUUGACCCCCAUGAGAAAUAUGGGAGAAACCCGGCCCCCCGUAGGAGGGAAAGGAUAACACUGUUUAAGGGGAAGUUGUCGUAAGCGCCAAGCAGCAGGAGCGGGUCUGUUGGUUCUGCCUCUGCGGGCUCCCGGGGGUGCUGUUCCCGGCAUUCCCACAGUGACUUGGCAGAAACACAGUAGGUUUCUUCCCGUGUGAUCUCCGCUUCAAGCAGGAGAAACUGCUGUGCAGAGGGAGUUGUCGCUUCCAAGAGGAGGGGUUGCGGCCACUGAAACAGUGUGGUCUGAUCCAGUAGCUCUCCCUUGGCCAGUGCACCUUGGUAAAGGCGAUCAACUGUCCUCCUACAGCCAGUAGCUGUGGUCUCCAGGAUCUGUUUAUAGGCAAUAUGGGUCAAGUGGCCGAGGGUCAAGGGUACCCUUCAUCAUAGGUAACAGAGACCUUUCCUGAGCUCUGUGUUCAUGCAUCCCACACAGAGUUGGCCCUAAAAGUACACACCAGGAUUGCGUAUCCAAGUCCAUGUGUACACCAGUCCGAUAAGCUUCUGCCUACCUAGAAUUUCCAUCCGUUGGGCAUGCGU